CACAAUUGUUAAAGGUGUUACCUGUCAGCCUUUGUCACGGAGGCGGUGUUGAUUGGUAACGCAGCUUUGAUGGGUGAAUGAGUUCGUUACCUCAGCUGAUUUAUCCCUCUUUUGUCUUUCAGCGGUUAAGAAUAUAUUGAAGUUGAAGGAGAAGACGUCCGGUCUGUUAACUUCCACAUUGAACCGUUCGCCUGGAGCUGGUAAACAUCUUCUGGUCCCUGGUAUCGUUCCUGACAACGAGAAGGAGCAAUCUAUAGUAAUACGCGAAUUUGUCCAUAUGCUAAGCUUAUCGACAUAAACUGUUUGAAGUUCGAAAGCAUAAGUAUAUCACUUGAUAUUCACAUUUUGCCUGUUGGUGUUGUGGUCCCCUGCUAUCUAAGAUUACGGUUUAGGACGGAAGCCGCGUAGUAAAUCGCAAUCCUCAUAUUUCAACGAAUUUAAGAGCACAACAACUCGGGCUAGGCUGUUUGAAGCUUGAAAACUACGCUUGGUUUUGGAAAGCGUUGACCGCAAUCUGCUCAAGUAAUAUAUUUCGGUAUAGCAAGGAAACCGUCCCGUGAAUCUCACAUCUCAACCAAGUCGUAUGCUACGCUAAGCUGAUCAACAAUCAAGAUCGGUCGUUUCUAAAAAAACCUGGACUAACUAUAUUGACAAGGGACACUGUAUUGCUACUGGAAUAAUGUCGAAUAAUACAACAACAGAAGCUAACAUUAGCGAGCCACAAGGGCUUCGCGUUAUCCGAAUCAUACUGUCCGUGGCGAUUAUGCUUUUGGGUAAGUACGUAUAAGUAUGCUUGUAUAUUUUACGUGUGCACAUAUGCUAUAUAUUUCACGUGGUCAGGGCUCCAGUAUUGGUAGUGUUUUACGAUAAGCUAUGAUGGUUUGUGUCUGAAUGUUCUACAAUGAGCGGCUUGUGUUUGAAUUGAAAUAAAUUGCAUUGAUUUGUAAUGAUAUUCAAAUGAAGCAUACACAAACAACGGCAGCUUCGUACUGUAUAGUGCAUUGAAUGUUCUUUUUGUGCACAAUAAAUUGCGCUUGUCUAAGUUUAGCUCUGAACGGUAAAACAGUAAAUUCUGUUGGAGGUUUGUCGAAUUAUUUUAAUGUUUGUAGGGUCAGAGGUUUAGGAAUGCGUUGCAAUAAUCUCUGAUUAAACCACGCGGUUUUUCGAUUUUUAAUCUGUCUGCCAACAAACAGGAUGCGCAUUUUAACAAAAAGAUUGGGGUUAUUCUACACUGCCUUUCUUUAUCUACAAAUUGUAAUUAAUUACGCUAUUAGCUACAAUGGGAGGUUCGACAUUGGCGCACGAUGUUACGUUUAGCAGUAAAUAUGUAGCGCACAUGUGUAAUUCUCAUUACGCACUAUUAUCAUAUUAUAUUCAUGUGCGCGCUCUGCGCUUUACUGCGACCUUUAUCAGCGCCGUCAUCUAUGAUAUGUUACUAAAUGAAUCGUCGUGUUUAUCACUAUCAACAUGUAUUGCCGUCGCCCUCAAGUGUAGCUAAUGAAAACUUGUUUAUAUUAACACGCGUUAUUUGCGUUUCGUGUCUAAGUGUUAUUACUUUCCUCUGGCGAUUGCGUUGUUUGACGUCAGAAUAUGGCAAGUUGAACAAGCAUUUGAAAGCCACAACAGAUGUGAGGCGUAAUGAUUUCAGCGCGCAUUUACGAUUUAUUGCAGUUUCAAAAUCUACUCUAAAAAAUCUUCUCCUAAUCUCCUAUAGUCCAUACUAGAAUCGCAUAUUGCGCUUACCUAAUUAGGAAAUUGUAAUUUUCAUGCACAGAAUUAUUGCUCGUUGUUUCAACUUUCAAACAUACCUGCAUUCAUUGUAUAUGUUGCAAUUGCUUGGUGACAUGGGAAUUCUUAUCUGUAGAAUGAUUGAAUAGAAAUUUCUCAGUACAUGCAAACUAUAUCCAAAAUUACCGGACGGUCAAUAAGUUACAGUAAGACACGCGCCAGAUAACGCUUGUAAAUAAUAUAAUUAAAGUCCGUUCUGUAAAGUAGGGCAAGUGGACUGACUCGAGAAUUUUUUGCCGCAAUUUUGUUGCUAGAAGUUCACUUCAGAGAGGUCGAGUCUAUCCCUGCUGUUACUGCUGUCCGCUUUAGUAAUAGCAGUACAAAUGGUCUGUAAAUAGAUCAGGCCUAGAAUGUGUAGAUACUUGCAUGUGUAGAUUUCAGAGAACAAUUGUGCCGCAUAUUGCAAUAAAUUCAAUCUCGGCACAAAAUAAUCUCGAUUUGCAAAACGCUUUUGUAAACAAUAAUUAAACUAUACGGCAUUCCUGUAUAUAGGAUGACAAAAAUAUGCAUAUAGGAUGACAAAAAGAUAUUUUGUGAAAAAUUUCCUGCACUGGCAGCACUGCCACUGAUAUUAGGUUUUCGCAUGAAUUUAAAACAAGUUAGACGCUCAAGUUAAUAUCAGGAAUCUUAUGAGCCCAUUGCGUCAACCAUGGUAUGAUAAAUUAUUUUGCGUGGUGUAUAGUUUUUGGGGCCAAAUCAUAUACAAUUGGAGAAGGAAGGUUGGCAAUUGCGUGGUGUAUGGUCUUUGGGGCCAAAUCAUAUACAAUUGGAGAAGGAAUUAGGUGGGCAAAUCGCCCACAUAUAGGCGCAUAUUUCUUCUAAACUGAAAUUUAAUUAAAAUGCGCAGUAUAAAUGGUAAUCCUUUUUUAUUUUCUAAGUGCGUAACGGUAAGGUAUUUCCCUGUCAUCAUACUUCUUGUGCGCGAAUAUUGCUUUUCCUCUGUGAACAACACUUCCGCAUACCUAUACAUACAGCCUUCACAAAAAUAUUACAAGCGAAAAUUGUACGAAUAUCGCUAUUGUGCUACUGUGAUCUCAAAAUUGAAAUCAUAGCAUGUUGGGUUUGUUUAGAAGAUUACAAAAGAAUUUUAAAUCGAAAGCCGUUUAUCCUAAGCCAAUGUGAAUUAUGUAAAGAAAUUGUUUGGAUAACCUUCCUGCCGUUAUGCCAAAGUGCAGUUUAUCGCCUAACAAUGUUAUUCUUAAGCAUUGCGCGGAAAUCAUGCAGUCAAAUUUAAUUAUCCUGGAAGGCGAGUCAUUCAUGAAGGCUGCUACUAUUUGGUAUUGUAUUCACUCUUUGUAGAUUUAUAAAACUAAUUGCUGUGCCCUGUUUGUUUUUUUCGAGGGAGAUCGUGUUUGACUAUAUAAACCAAAAUUGGAUUAAACAAGUCAUUGCUUGACAAUGCAAGCGAGCCAGCUAGGUUAUUGCACCAAAGAAAGCAAUUGUCAGUCUUUCAUAUCACCAUUAAAACAGUGCGAUUAAGUGAUUACAAAUAGCUAACAUACGGUUGGACUUUUUUGUGUGGUAGAUAAGAUACCAGAAACCAUUUAUCACAUCAAUGUAUAUAUAGAAGAGAUUUCUGUGCGUCAAAGCAUGUCAAUGCCUUUGUCGCAGAGAAUACAAUGACGAAAUACAAGCAUGUCUCUAUAUAUAUACUGUAUUGACUUUUGUCGCGCGAUUUUAUCCCAGAAUAAAUAGACUGGGUUGACACAGAUAAUAAUAAAAUGUAGCGACUUUUAAGUGCCCGCUGAGAGCCAAGCGUUUUUAUCGCAACAUGAAAAUAAUUUUUAACAGAUAGAUUUCUAAGACUUGCACAAUUACGCGCUCUGCGUGAAAUGCGCGAAAUCGCGUUGUGAAUAUGGCACGAUGUCAUAGCUAUAGGGUAUUGACAAGUACAACCCCAACAGCGAAACACGUAUAUCGUUUAAUUAUAUACAUAUUUGUUUCUCAAUUUCGAAGCUGUUAAGCUCUCUCAGGGUUUAUAAUGACUCACUGUUGGCAAUAAUGUAAUUCUCGCUUCUCCAUGUGGUUAUCGAAGUGGCGAUGAGAGCAUUCUAGUUCUAUGUUUGUAUCAAAUGCGCAGAUUUGUACAUAAUGUAUCGAAUAAUUAUUUUAUUUGAGUUUUACAAAUUCCCUGCCUAGAAAAGAUUUGCUUCUCAACAAGAAUUGUAACCAUUUCUUGAUGCGAGAAAAACAAUAUCAAACUGAUUUACAUAAACGAAUAAUAAAUAGAUUUUUUUUAUACUUAUGUUUUCUCAGAAGAAAUUUUCAAGCGGUUAUGCCGAAGGCAAUUUUUACUGCUGUGAAUUCAUGCGAUUUACACGAGAUUUACUGUUCAUGUGACCAAUGAGAAAGCGCUUUAAUAAUAAGCAAAUGUGUUAUGUAACACCAUGCUUACUCGGCGUACAUUCCUAUCUUUUAGCGUGUCAUUCUUCGUUGACAUGCGGUUCAAUUGCGAAACCAGGGCCAAACGAAAUGAUUUCAUAGUUGAUAUGAAAAUAAUGAGAUUGGUUGAAGUUCUCAUCAAUAUCAACCAUUAGACACAAUGUCUUUCAGUCAGACAAUUGAAAUUCGAUAGCAACAACAUUGUACAAUGCAUACCAACUGUCUGUAGUUUUAAUUUGGAUGUCAAUUCUAGAUUAUGUACACAGUUAGGAAAAUAUAUAUACCUAUGUGGUUCGAACGUUUGACGAACGGGAAAUAGCGUCAAAGUGUAUUUAAUUUAUUUAUUCAAAAACGUCAAUGGAUCUGACGUGUAGUACAUUAGAAACAUAAGUUGUUGGCAAAAAACAUGCUAAUAAAAACUGGAAGUUGUUGAAAUGUUUAGGAAGUACAUCAUAUGCUGUUUCUAAGAGUUAUAGAUUCCCGAAAUUUUUGUUCUGAAAUUAUCGUAUUUUUUGCGUAUAUCAUGUUAUCGUAGUUUACCAAUGUAUGUAGCGAAAGAUUUCACAUACAUUCAAAAAUCGUAUUUCUUUACCCAAAAAUACCUUUGUAUAGUUUAAGAUUAAUUAAUUAAGUUCACCUUUUGGCCGCAAAAUUCACGGCGUGAAUUAAGAUAUAUUAAAUUGUGAUGGGCAGCACGUCGCGCAUGUUAUGUUAAUUUACAGUAAUUGUUGCAGUGAAAUCUUUGAGACUAUUAUUAGAAAUAUCAUCAAUGAGAUUUUUGGCCAAAAGAUUCCAAAUCGGCAUUCCGAUGUAAAUCUUUUGACGUAAGAAUCUGAAAUUAACAUAUCACACGCAUCUCGUUUCCUGUAUAUUUUGCGUGUGCGUAAAAAUUCAUGUCUUUUUGGCGUUAAACGAUUCGGUUCUUUCCGUCCUGUUUGUGACUUAGCUGUUUUGCGUCAGUAUUUCUGACUAUCGUAUUUCCUUUACUUAUAGUUGCCAUUUAAUAAACCCCGGCCCCCACGCACCCCUCCUUCUAAACCAGAACCAUCAUCUGGGUUAGAAAUUGAGGAAAAACGGAACACGUCAUUCUUGGUUUUGAAUUACUUCCUGUUUUUUCCUCUGCGUAUUGGCGGUAUUGCCGUUGACACAUUCAGUGCUACCUGUACAUAUUCUCUAAUUUUCGAGCAUAUUUUGUGCAUGAGUCAUGUAUUUUGGGUACAAUUUAUACCUAUUUCGUGCUAAGACAAACAGCUAGUGUGUUUAAGUAAACAUGUUAUCAAAAUAAUUCUACUCUAGUUAGGUGAGAAAAUUGUUAAAGCUCUCAGACUAUCGCGAGCCUUCGACCUCUAAUGACCUAUAGCGAUUUUAAUAAAAAUAAUAAUUUUAAUAACAAUUAUAUUUUGUUGUAAUGUUUACCGUCCCCAACACACUAAACCCAGACUUUGUCUUUGACGUCGCUAUAUUUGUUAUUCCAUGCAGCGGGGUGAUUUUUGUUUCAUGUAUAAGUCAGGUCAAGGGUUUGCCUUCCUUUUUUGGCCGCUAGCAAACAUAUGCCAGUAGGUUUCACUGUUACUAGCAAAACGUGCAAAGUCCCUGAUAAAAUUUAUCAAUAUUUGCGCAUCUAUUGCGGUGCGCAAAUGCAUUAGACAUUAUGAAACCACUGACGGUAAUAGACAGCUUAUACACAGUUCUAAUCACAUUUCUGAAACUUUUAAUUGCUCUAUUUUAUAUUUACCCGAAUAAAGUCCAUAUUUGUUACUAACAAAGGCUAAAAUUUUACUCCCAUUUUGCGAAUUUGCGGGCAUUAUAAAGUUCGAGGAUUGUGUCAACUAGCAUUUCGUGUGUUUGUCGUCCUAUUGUCUUAGUCACUUUAUAGUUCUUACUGUGUGGUAUGGCCUGUUGUCGAAUUUUUCAAUCAUACAUUUUUUAUGUUUUAUCGGUGUAAUACGGAGUGUUAUAGGCUGAUAAAAAAUAAUCUCGGGAUUUGUAAUCUUGGUAUUUGUGUUCGGGACAGAAUUUUCAAGUUCAUCGUGGUUUCCUGCUGUAAAUAAAUCUUAAUCCCUCUCUGGGAAACUUUCCUAUGGGCUAUCGCUAUGGCCUCAACAGACUUUUCGGUAAAAGCAUCCAAAAAGGCAAAAGUCACUUUUUUACAUUGAAUUCAGGCCCGUUCGUUUGCAUACUUUUCUGUGUAUUAAAUCACAUAUUAUAGUCUUUCUGAUGUAUUCUACAGCACGUGAUUCUGGUGACCCACUUUUUCGAUUACCGCGUGAAGAUUUCAGAAAAUUUUUCAAGUACAUCAUUCAACGUGUGAUCUUUCGCGUUUCGGCUUGAAAAUUGUGCGAACGGAAUGCAGGUGUAAUCAUGUAAAAAAAGUUCAUCAAUCGCGUGUGCGUGUGUUCACUGAAGUUAGACCUUGAACAACCAUUUAUUUCACGUGGAGUUAAUUGAGCAAAUACGUAGUGUGGUUUAUUUAUCACCUCCAGAAAUCUAGCCAUUGUCGUUAUUCAAAACAAUAUAAAUGUCUCGACCGGAUAUCUCCUUUUCAUUUCGGUUAAUGCUUGGGUUGCAUUUCUGAUCAUUUGAAAUGAAAAUGUGUCCUGAAAAUCUAAAAUGUCUAAAUUUCAACAUCUUAAUUAAUUAGAGAAUUAAUAAUUUAAUGUAUAAUUUGCAUGGUUGAUUAACCCUCGUUCAUUAUAAUUAGUGACACAGUAGUUAUUCUAAUUACCAAUCAUAUUCUAACCGACCGGAUUUCUGUUCCUAAUUUUCUUCGUUCUUUAAGACGCGCUUCUGGUCAUUAAAAAUUUUGUGGGUAGUUUGCGUUCAAUGUGGUCUAAUUGCAACGUCUUGUUGUUUUUCCUGAUGUUUAAAGGAUUAUGGAAUUAAUUGGGUAAACAGGAAAAUCAUCUUAUUUAAAGACCACGAAAUGAUUGUAUAAUCACUAUAGUAUGUUGAACUGUCACGCAAAUUAUUCAGUAAACUAGAUUCAAUGUUUCAGCCUAAACUAUCGUCUGCUUUUUCGUCCGACAUAUAGUAUGUCGAACUGUCAUGCAAAUUCUUCUGUAAACUAGAUUCAAUGUUUCGACCUAAACUAUAUCGUCUUCUUUUUUUUAUAAUUAGUUAAAAAUUUCAAAUCGUGUAAUCAGCGCCCUGUUAAAUGGGGGUGGGGAGGGAGGGAAUGAAACAUCCCGAUUUUACCGACUAAAUGGGCGUGGCCCUUGACAAAUAUAGGUGUGGCGUAUUCUAGACAGUUGCGGUGGUAUUUUUGUGUGAGAUACAACUAUACUUGAAAAAUAUAAACAAAACUUCGAAGGUUACUAACUUCCCGACAAGGGGAAUGAAACAAGGUUCUAGAGUAGGCCCCUAUACUACGUAGAACUUUUAAAGUGUGAGUUGCGGUUACACACACAUACCAGCGCGGAUAAAAAGCAUGAGCUCCUGGCGGAGGUAAUAACUGCCAUAUAUCGUGGGCAAAAAAUUAGCUCCUAAUUUAUUCCCUCUCUCUGAUUUUUCAGGCGUUGUGGGUAACGGUUUGGUAUGUGUCCUGGUUUAUCAGAAUCGUAAAAUGCGCACAGCAAUGAACUAUUUUCUCGUCAAUUUGGCAAUAUGUGAUGGUAUUAUCUGUCUAUUUAACAUUCCUACCACGCUUGUAUACAACGAAUACACUCAGGUGUGGCCAUUUGGUCUCGCCUUCUGCAAGAUAUUACCAGGUGAGUUUUUAAUGUUUUUGGCAAUGAUAACUUCCAGUUACGUCAUUUGUUUUAGCAAAAUGUGUUUAGUAAUAAAGGUUCAAGCAAACGUUGAUAAGAGAAACCUCGUUUACAUCUUAGACAAGUAGUAAAAAAGAUUGCAUUCUUGAAAUAUUUUGACUGAAGACAGUGAGCUGUUCGCCAUCUUGGUUUAUUCAGGAUAUACAUGUUACGUCACAAGUGGGGUGAUGCCAAUUUUUAUUUUUACAGGCAGUGAUCAAUAUGAAUAAAAAAAAACUCGAAACAGCACUUUCUGUGUUUUCUGAGAGGGAUUUUUAUCAAAAUUGUUUAAAAAAUGAAGAUUUGUAAUGAUCUGUAAUGCACUUUAUAACUUUUUACAACUUCAUCCCUCCCCCUGUUUUUAAGCAACGUUUGUUGAACAAUGUUGAUACAUCGUUUUCAAACGUUCUUUCAAAUGAGACAAACUAAAUGUUUGAUAAUUUAUUUAUCUAGCGAUGCAACAAGUGGUACUGGCUGCAGCACCGCUGUCCUUGGUUGCCGUAUCGUGGGAGCGUUUCAAAUGGAUAGUGUUGACAUUUAAUGAGAAGAUGUCUUUAAAUCAAGCAAAAUUAAUUCUCGUCAUUAUUUGGCUCAUUGGCUUACUCAAUGGCUUACCUAUUUUGGGCGCAAUGCAAAUGAAGAACUUAGAACUGUUCAAUUGCAUCGAAAUCUUCCCGAAACAUGUGUAUCGACAAUUAUACACCAUGCUUAAUUUCAUAUUGUUCUAUCUUGUUCCCGUGUUGUUUAUCACACCGCUCUAUAUUCAGAUGAUAAUGCGACUGAGGCAAAGAACAGACACGACCGGACAAUUAUCUGACGUGGAUUUAAGUAGGAGGAAAGCAGCUUUAAAAAUGUUGCUUAUUGUUGUUAUAACGUACGCGGUUUGUGUUUUACCUAAUCAUACCAUUUUCAUCUUAUGGGAUUUUCAUCAGGGUAAGUAUUUUUAUCUAAUUAUUAAUCAGCAUUUAUAUCAGUCUUGUUUUUUUCUUCAUAUAGGGGGCUCAAUGGCUAGACAUUUAUACAUUCAUAUAUAUAGGAAUAACUACAACCUUCUCUGCAAUGUCUACCACCCCACAUCUUGUAAUGUUUUCAAUUCAUAAUGUCUUUGACUGCCUUUCCUUCAUCGCUUCCUAUUACGUGUCCAAAAUACCAUCUCAACCUUGCUUCAUUUACCUUCUCUGCAGUGUCUAUAUACCUCCUCACAUUAUCUGAUCUCUUUAUUUCAUAAUAUCUGUGACCGUCUCUCUUUCAUCUAUUUCUAUUACGUGUCCAUAAUACCAUCUCAGCCUUGCUUCCGUCACCUUAUCUACAAUGUCUACCUCCCCACAUUUUCUGAUCUCUUUAUUCCAUAAUAUCUGUGACAGACUCUCCUUCAUUUAUUUCUAUUCACCUUUUCUGCAAUGCGUCGUCUCGUCAUUUAAGCUUUUCAGCAAACCUUUCCCCGUCAAUAUACGGUACUUCAUGGCUUGAACAUCGGGAUGCAAAAUGUUAAAUGUUCGUUUUGCCUUUUCAACCGGAUUGGGUUUCCUUACUAAACCCCAAGUUAUUUAGUGUUAAUUAAGUUAGUUUACUUUAGGUUUAUGCUUGCCUGUACUAAAUACCUGACCAAUAAGGUAUCGGAUAUGACUCUUACUUUUAUUCUGAUUUUCUUUUAGUUCCGUCUGACUCAACGAGUUUUAUUGUAUUAAACUACAUGACUUUGCUAUUGUGGGCCAACUCGAUGAUAAAUCCGAUAAUCUAUUGCGUCCAGAGCGGAGACUAUGCCCGAGGCUUUGUCAGAAUACUGUGCUGUGGGCCAAUCAGAAACAAGAUGAUGACGCAUGUUCGGCGGUCACAUGGUCAAUCCUUUAUAUCAACACCCGAUCAAACAAAGAUGCGGUGGUAUGAACGAGUACAUCAGGGCCAGAGCAGCAGCAACAGCAGUUAGGAAUGGUAUAUCAAGGAUUAUAUAUUGUAUGCAUGUUCCAAGAACAUUGAUCCACCCAUGAAAUAGUUAAGGAUUGGCAAGACUUGCUCAGUAAAUGUAUAAACUCGCUUCGCAUUCACAAGUAUUGAUGACAAAGAUUGCUGUGUGAACUGUAAUUUGAUGUUCUGAGACUGAAACAGUUAUAAACAGCAAUGAUUUGAUAUGUUGACGCAUUUCAAGUUCCAAGUGGGUUCGUCAACCCAAGAAAUGGACGAGGGAUGCAGAGGCAUCCAAUUCAAGACUGCAGUGAAGACCUUGCACUCAGGGCAUUUGUAUGUGGGCGUGUGGGGAGGGGAAGACCCACCCUCGAUGUCAUGAAUUUUGUCCACCGCCUCUGUAGCGAAUCUUAUGAGGAAGGAUUAUUACUGCUGACUUCACCAUCAGUUUACCAUUCUGCGAUCGAAGAAUCGUGUUUGGCGAAAUAUAUAUAUAUAUAACAUAUUCUCAGAAUUUCUUAAAGAACAAAACAUAUUGAAUCUGAAAGGGAACAGAUGUAUGUAAAAAGUUAUCAGAAAUAUAGAAACUAAAGACAUAUUAAGUUAAAUUACUGGGUAAAUAUUAAAAUAGAGUGUAGUUGUGUAUACCUUCAUGCCGCCUUUUAUUCGAUCUCCACAAGAGUGUGUACUCUUUGCCUUGUACUAUAUAAGUGAAUAUCUUAAAUUAUAUUAUUUAGUGUACUUUAGUAUUAUUAUUUUGUAUUUAGUUCAAAAAUCAAUUUUCAUUUUAUUUCUAUUGAUGCAUAAUUAAUCGCCACAAGCAUAAACAGAUAUGUAGAGAACUAACUUUCUCCAACCCUGCAAGAGCCACAAAUAAUGCCAGACCCAGAUAUACCCGUUAAUUUUUAUUUCGAAACGUGAAAACUAUUUGCCAGGAUUGUAAGAACUGUGAGGGGCACACUAAUUAAAGAAUUGCUUGAAUCAGAAAUAAAUGCUGGAACUUUCCAUGUUAUCAUGUAACACCCUCCAUGCCUUGUCACCACACGUGUUGUAUUCACCUCUCCCCCCUUCCCACCCCCUUUGAGAGCCUUCCCCCCUUGAUAGCCCCCGCCCCCGUUUGUAAUCGUUUCAGUAACCGACACCGCUGACUACCUAUUGAUAAUUACAUACAUAAAAAUGCACACAAGUUGUUACAGGUCUGCAAACAAGUUGUUAUAAAUCUGUUCACAAGCUGUCAAGCGCGAAGCAUGUUGUGUUCGCACUGCUUGUUCCUA